CGCGGCGAGGACGAGGAGGGCGGGUCACAGGCAGCAGCAGGCCGCCCGGCUCGGGUGUCACAGGCCGCGGGGAUGUCGGACUAUGAGAUCUCGGUUCAGGCUCUCAACGAGCUCCUGGCUAACGAUGGCGGCUUCUACAGCCUCCCCUCCCAGCACUUCAACGAGGUCUUCCCCCGGAUCUACGUGGGAAACGCCUUCAUCGCACAGAACAUCAUGAGACUGCAGCGCCUUGGGAUAACUCACAUCCUCAAUGCCGCCGAGGGGAAUUCCUUCAUGCACGUGAACACGAAUGCUGCCUUCUACAACGGCACGGGCAUCACCUACCAUGGCAUUAAAGCCAACGAUAGACCAAAUUUCGACCUGAGCUCUUACUUUGAGGAGGCCUCUGACUUUAUCGAGAAAGCGCUAUCACAAAAAGAUGGUCGCGUAUUUGUCCACUGCCGCGAGGGUUACAGCCGUUCGCCCACGCUGGUCAUCGCUUACCUCAUGCUGCGUCACAAGAUGGAUGCGAAGACUGCAGUUGCCACAGUGCGGCAAAAGAGGGAGAUUGGCCCCAAUGAUGGUUUCCUAAAGCAGUUGUGCCAGCUCAAUGAAAAACUGGCGUCAGAGGGCAAAAUCAAGUGUUGAUCAAAGCUCAGAGCUCCGGCAUUGUACCUAAAGUACAAUGUCUUCCCACAGCAGGGAUUUAACAGUGGAGCCACCCUCUAAACUUUGUGUAGGCAGCCAUUUUUGUUGCAGUUAUGGAGCCCAAUUGUUGGGGGGGGGGGGGGGGCAUGAGACUUUAUGUAACUUGUGGCUUGCUAGUGUUACUAGUUCCUAGUGUGUUGUUGUCUGGAUGCCUUUUUUUGGCUUUUAAAAUGGAUGCCUUCACUGUGUGUAGGAGGUGGGUUUCGUUCAAAAAGCAACAAAUAUUAGCAGGAAGGGAUCUCCCAAUGGUUCAGUGUUGUCCUGAUGUAGUUGAGUUGCCAAAUAUUUUUGUGUUUUUUUUUUUUAUAAUAAGUUGAUUUAUUUUUUUAAAUGGUUAUACUUGCUCGAAUUCAAAUCAUGUACAUCACAACACCCUUACACCCAAGGGCCCCCCAUCUUUUGUUUGUUUCAGUGUGAUCAGCAUGACUCAUUGGCUAUUAACACUGUUUUUGCUCUCUGUCAUUUAACUAUUACCUUUACGCCUAACAUACGCCUUUACAGAUUUUACUGUGAUGUUUUUGGGUCUAUGUAUCAAAACAGUUUAUAUUCAUGACCCCCACAGCCUGCACCCAGUGUGCGGAAAAAAAUGUUCUGAACGCUGGGGCAGUGGAGUACCCCUUUAACAUGGUGAACCUGCCAUCACUUUCCUUUUGUCUAAACUGUGAGUCAUUGAUGUGGUCCCCGGUUGCUUCUGGAUGCCCCACCGGCCAUGGCUGAUAGAUCCCUCCCUAUUUCAAACAGGAUCCAGAUAGGUGUGGAACAGGAAAAACAGCAGUAUAAUUUGGUGCCAAACCGCUCAGACAAAAGGAAGAUGCUGCGUAGGUAAGAUGAUGUCUUUUCUUCCAUAAGCUUUAAAGCAGCCUUAAAACAAACGCGUUUCGGGUCUUUGACCCUUUCUCAAUGUACAGUAGGCUUUAUAAAACAAUGUGGUGUAGACAUAUCUUAUAUACCCCAGAGGUGCGGUAAUUAGUACAGACUGGCGCCCGGGGGUGACGUCAUUUGAUUAGAUUAUAAUAUCGGAUCGAAACUACUACAUACCACUUUCAACAGACCCCACCACGAUUUUUUUCUGCCUCCUGUAAGGAAUUUGUGGACAAAGCAAAUGAUCAAGGAGUCCUAAGCAAAAAGAAAGGGACUUUCUAAUGAUAUAAGAACCUCGGAUCCCAGUGUUCUACCAUUUACUUAAAAUCCACAAAGACCCUGUGAACCUGCCAGGCCGUCCCAUCAUCUCCGGAAUAAAUUCUAUCACUAACAACAUCUCACAGUACAUAGACGUUUUACUACAAAGAUAUGUUAUUCAAUUAAAAUCAUACCUAAAAGACACACCCUCUCUUAUUCAUAUUCUCAAAAAUCAGAACUGGAAAGAAACUUACCGUAGAUGGGCCACGCUUGAUGUAUCAGCUCUUUAUUCGAAUGUCCCGACACAACAAAGGGAUUGAAGUCAUCAAAUCGAUUCUCAGAAACAGAAAACAUUUGUCACUAAUGGAAUUUCCUUUAUUUUAAGUAAUAAUUAUUUUAUUUUUGAGGACCAGAUGUACCUGAAAACCACUGGCACGGCCAUGGGCACUAGAUUUGCCCCAUCAUUCGCUAAUCUAUAUAUGGGCGCAUAUGAGGAGGAACUUAUAUAUAGUAAUCACCCGUGGAAGGAACAGAUCGUCAUGUAUAGAAGAUACAUAGACGAUCUAAUCUUCAUAUGGGACGGACUGGAGAAUUCUUUUACUGAAUUUACUGAUUAUCUUAACAACAACUCUUGGAAUAUGACCCUAUCUGGAAAGUGCAAUAAGGAGAGCAUAGAAUACUUGGACUUGGAAUUGACAUCCGAAAGAGCUGCUAUUAUAGCUAUGGCUUAUUUUGAAUCCGUAGACUGUAAUAGUCUGUUAGAUUUUAAAAGUUGCCAACUCCGAAAAUGGAAAGAGAACAUUCCAUAUGGUCAGUUCCAUAGGAUAGGUAGGAACUGUUCCAAAACGAUAGAUUUUAUCAACCAAAGCAAGAUUACUAAAAAACGACUCCAAGAAAAAGGGUAUUCCGAGCAAAUGGUAAAGGCAGCAUACAGGAGAGAAUUAUCAAAUCACCGAUCAAGACAAGAUCAUAAUUCACUACGAAAGCAGAAAGAACCGUCAGAGGAUCACAAAUAUAAUUUUAUCACCAAUUAUUCUACUGGUCACAACAAGAUCCAACAGAUUUUUAGAAAACAUUAUUACAGGAUCCAGUACUCAAGAAGAUCCUACCAAUCAAUCCAGGCUUCACCUACAGGAGAGCAAGAACCUUCUAGGAAUUUAUAGCCCCCACCCGUCUCACGAAAAUUAAAUCAAACCCGGGAAGCCAAAAGAAAUCCUAGAAAACUGCUCCGGGUUGUUAUAGAUGUAAUUUGAAGACGUGUAAACUAUGCAGAAACAUAAAAAAUGGCAACAUACUGUAUUUUUCGCCGUAUAAGACGCACUUUUUCUUCCCCAAAACUGGGGGGAAAAAGUUGGUGCGUCUUAUACGGCGAAUACAGACCUAUCGCGGCGGUCCCUGCGGCCAUCAACAGCCGUGACCCGCGGCUAAUACAGGACAUCACUGAUCGCGGUGAUGCCCUGUAUUAACCCUUCAGACGUGGCGAUCAAAGCUGACCGCCGCGUCUGAAGGGGAAGUGACACUAACCCGGCUGUUCAGUCGGGCUGUUCGGGACCGCCGCGAUUUCACCGCGGCGGUCCCAAACAGCCCGACUGAAUAGCCGGGUUAGUGCUUACAGGACACCGGGAGGGACCUUACCUGCCUCCUCGGUGUCUUCUCCAUUCAGGGAUCCCCUGUAUGGCCGGCGCUCUCCUUCCUCGUCAUAUCACGUCGUUGUGUACGUGCGUCGGCGUGCGUAACGACGCGAUGGCGGCGACGGAGAGCAAGGAUACCCGGCCGGCAGCAGAGACGUUCCGAAGCGACAUCCAGGGCAGUGGUGACAGGUCCGGAGUGGCGGGGACACGUGCGGCUGUCCGGGCAUGCUGGGAGUUGUAGUUUUGCAACAUCUGGAGGUCCGCAGGUUGAAGACCACUAUUGGGUUCAAAAUCUUAAAUUUUUUAGAUUUUGUACCUAAAAAUAGGGUGCGUCUUAUACGCCGGUGCGUCCUAUAGUGCGAAAAAUACGGUAACUUUCCAAAGCAAUCAAACACAGGAGAUUGUUAAGAUAAGAGACCACAUUGAUUCAUUGAUAUAUCUGAGUGUAGCUGCAAAUUAUAAUAUAUCGGGCGAACAACACGAUCCCUGCGAAACAGAAUGAAUGGACACAGAUAUAAACUUUGAGAAACAUACCGUGUCCAGACAUGACGGAUGCAACUGUGGAGGUGUCACUGCUCAUAAGCGGGAUCCGCAUCUGUCAGGAUCCGCGGCGAUCUUUUAAGAAAUUCGCUUCCAUUCUAUACCCUCUUUACGAUUUAUACUGAUGUUCUGCUUUACCAAUGUUUAUUUCAAGCAUUUAUAUCUUUAUAUAUGUUCCACAAUCAGCUGGAUGUUUUGUAAUCUAAUCAAAUGACGUCACCCCCCCGGGCGACGGUCUGUGCUCAUUACCGCGCCUCUGGGCUAUAUAAGAUACGUCUAUACCACAUUGUUUUAUAAAGCCUGCUGUACAUUGAGAAAGGGUCACAGACCCUAAACGCGUUUGUUUUAAGGCUGUUUUAAAGCUUAUGGAAUAAAAGACAUCAUCUUACCUACGCAGCAUCUUCCGUUGUUUUUCCUGUUCCACCUAUCUGGAUGCUGCACCUUUCGGCCAGGAGGCCCCUGGAUUCGAGUACUGGUCAGCUGCACCGCAAUAGCGCAGCAAACGCUGUCGAAGUAGGUGUGUCCAUAUAAACAACUACAAAAGGUGAGCACUAUUCCACCCAUUGACUUUAGUGGGUAGCAGAAUACCUAGCAAAAUACGGCAUGUGUGAACCUACCCUUAAAGGGCUACUCCACCCCUAGACAUCUUAUUCCCUAUCCAAAGGAUAGGGAAUGAGAUUUCUGAUCGCAGUGGUCCCAACCGCUGGGGACCUCCGCGAUCUUCCUGCUUCACCCGGCGUUUGUUUAGAGCAUUGGGUGCAGCAUCGGAUGCUCGUGAUGUCACGGUCACGCCCCGCUCAUGACAUCACAGCCACCCCCCCUCAAUGUAAGUCUAUGGGAGGGGGCGUCACGCCCCCUCCCAUAGACUUGCAUUGAGGGGUGUGGCCGUGAAGUCACGAGCCUCUGCCCCGCAUCGCCAGUCAUCCGGUGCGGAGCGAAGUUUGCGCCGUGCACCAGAUGUAGAGUUCCCUGCAAUCUCCCUGCUGCACGCGGCGUUCGUUUAUAGCGUCAACCGGCUGCAGUUCCGAAGACCAAAGAAGGCCCAACGUUGUACUAGAUGGCUGUUCCUAAUAAAGUUGGGGUAGUUUCAACUACUUCACCCACAUUCUUGCCAUGGCCAUGCACCUUAGAAUCCAUAUCGUGUGUGUCCAAAAUUGCAGCCAGGGUUUAAGAAUUUAUAGUAGUUAGUUUUAUUGUGGUUUUGUACGAUGUAUUGUCUUUAUACGUAAUUUUUUUUUAAAAGUAGUGCACUUUAUUGGCUUUUUUUAAUUGACUUGCGGUAUUUGCUAAACUGUUUAAAAACUGGAAUAUGAUACUAUAUAUUUUUUAAAAAUUGAUCCAGAUUAGAAUAGACUGUUCUAUUCCAUACAUUCCAGUCCUGAGGAAGGCCAAACGGCUUUGGUGACCAUGAAUGGGAUAUGUAUGACAUAAGUGCCGGGUGCCUUCCUGGUUCAUAUGGCACUUAAAACUUCAGUGCAAAUACCCACUUCAAAGAAUGAACUGUUCAAAGAAACCUGCCAGCCCUUUUAUGCUGCCUACUCUAUGAGCAACAGAAAUGAAAGAUAAGCAUUUUUUUUCUGUUGUUAGCCAAAAAGAUGGUCAACCAUUCAUAUCAAUGGCCAGCAUGGGAUAAAUGUCUAGUUGGAGGGUCCAGCAAAGCUCCCCCAAAGCAUCACCGAGCCACCGCCAUUCUUAAAAAGGUACUCCAGGGAAAUGCCAUCCUUUCCUCUCUUCAACAUAAAUACUACAUUUCCCAGCAGCCAAUGCAGCUCUACUCUCUGUCGUCUAGCUCCUCGGAGAUCCCUCUCUGAGAGCAGCCCCCAUAGAAAUAUAUGGCUAACCACAACAGAUCACCUACUGUGGAAAUAGGUAUCGUUGAUUAGGCUAGAACAGUGUUUCCCAACCAGGGUGCAAUGAGCUGUUGUAAAACUACAACUCCCAGCAUGCUGGGAGUUGUAGUUUUGCAAUAGCUGGAGGUACACUGGUUGGGAAACCCCGGACUAGAGCUACAUAGUGACAUGCCAUCCUUGCUCUUCAGUCCUUUCAAUAUCAAAUAGCAUUUCGUCAUAGGACAAUAUAAUUUCCAGUUUCCAGUCACCUGACUCUCAAGCCUUAAAGGGAUACUCCUGGGAACUAAACCCCAUAGCCCAUUCUUUCCCCCCUCACCAACCUAUUUAAUUAUCUAAAAUAUCAUUCCUUAGCUAUAUAGAGCGGUUUCCCUCUUUCAGCCGUCACAUACAUGCAUGGAGUGAGGAAAACACUAGAAAAAUCGAGCCAUCCUCUGUGUCUCUGUCCAAAUCCCUCUCUGAAAGCAGCCCCCACCCUCUUGAGAGACACAGACCAGGUGGUUUCUGCCCUGCACUGAUGAGUCAUGCUCCAUUUAGCUGCGAGGUGUGUGCCGCCUCAGCCAAUCACACACUGUAUCUCUCUGCUGACUGGGCAGGAGGAUGGGGGCUGCUCUGAGAGAGGGAUUUGUGAGGAGCUGGCCAACAAUGACAGUACAGCUGCAAUGGCUACUGGGGAAUGUAGUAUUUAUGGGGAAGAGGAGGAAAGGAUGGCAAAGAUUAUAAAGCAGCCAGACAAGACAACAGGGGCCACAGGAGCCAUGCAUAUCAGGCAGAAAUAUAUGUAAAUAUAUAUCCCUGGAGUACAUUUUAAAUCAUGGCAGACUUCCCAACAUUUAUCAAAGAUGGGCACGUUCCUUAUAAUUAGCAAAGUUGCUUCGAUGCAGACAAGUGUGGUCCGGCCCGGCGUGAGACUGCGCAAAAAUUUGAGUGUGCAAAGUCGCAGUUGUUAAAUAACCGACCCCUGCAAAAAGCCCAACCAUGCCGCUCUACAUUCAAGUUGUUUCUUGAAUGAGUCUUAAUGAGUUGCGCAAAAAAUGAGUUUUACACCAAGGAAAGAAACCAAUGAUAAACUCUCCUGUUGUAAUUCCCCUCCAUUGUGUUGACUUUACAGAAAACCAAAUAUUUUAGUUGUGUUAAAGGGGUACUCCGCAGCUUCACAUCUUAUCCCCUAUCCAAAGGAUAGGGGAUAAGAUGUCUGAUCACGGGAGUCCCGCUCCUGGGGCCCUCCUGUGAUCUCCCGCAGCACCCGACGAUCUAAACAAACGCUGGGUUCCUGUGGUUGUGGCGUCACGGCCCCGCCCCCUCAUGAUCACAUGCCACGCCCCCUCCAUUCAUGUCUAUGGGAGAGGGCGUGGCGUGACACCAUGAAUGGAGGAGGCGUGUCCGUGGCAUCACGAUCUUGGGCUCCGAAUGUUUUGGACAAAAUGUCAGAAUGUGGGAGCACCGGAGUACCCCUUUAAGCUGAUUAUAUUAUUUUUGUUUUAUGUAUUAUUAUUUUUUUACCAACUGUACAUUUGUAAAUGUUUUGAAUUAAUUAAUUUUUAAAGAAUGGGGGGGGGGGGGGGGGGGUUUAAAUUAUUUUAAUAGCAAUUGUAAUUCCAAGAAAUCUCGCCAUCUCUCCCCCAUCUGUAGUGUCUGGGUGAAGCUGAGAUACCGUAGUAUUGUUUUUUUAGUGCAAAAAAAUUGGCCCCUUUUUCUUACCUUAUGUAACCCCUUUUACAUUUUUUAUAAUUAUGAAAAGCACAUAAUGCACUAAGCAGUAUAAAACAGAUGGACACACAUGAACUUCUCCCACUUAAUGGGGGCACAUCACUUUCUGCCAUAGGCUGUCAGGGCAUGCUGGGAGUUGUAGUUUUGCUUCAUUCUCUAUUUCUCUCAUUGCUUCUUUCUCUAUCAUGUCACUGGUUGUCAUCUACUAUUGGAUGUUAUACUAGGAGAGUACCCGUCUGCCUACCUAAACCUUGUGGGAGAGGAAAAGCAAUAAUGAUGCUCUCCACCUAAUAUCCUGGAGACAGGAUAUGAGGACGAGAUAUGAGGAUGGGAUUUCUCAGUGUCAUAUCCCAUCCUUAUAUCCCAUCCUCAAAUCACAUCCUCAUAUCUCGUACUCGUCCCAUUUUCAUAUCCCGUCCUUAUAUCCCAUUCUCAUAUCUCAUCCUCAUUAUCCCGUCCUCAUAUCUCAUCCUCAUAUGCCGUCCUCAUAUCUCAUUCUCGUCCUGUUUUCAUAUCCUGUCCCCAUAUCCCGACCUGAUAUCCCGACCUCAUAUCGUGACCUCAAAUCUUGACCUCAUAUCCCGACCUCGUAUCCCGUCCUCAUAUCUCAUCCUCAUAUCACGACCUCAUAUCACGUCCUCAUAUCACGUCCUCAUAUCCCAUCCUCAUAUCCCGACCUCAUAUCUCAUCCUUGUCCUGUUUUCAUAUCCUGUCCCGAAAUCCCGACCUCAUAUCCCGACCUCAUAUCCCGUCCUCAUAUCCUUUCCUCGUAUCCCGACCUCGUAUCCCGUCCUCAUAUCCUGACCUCAUACCCCGACCUCAUAUCUCGGCCUCAUAUUCCUUCCUCAUAUCCUGUCCUCACAUCCCGUCCUUCUAUCCUGUCCUCAUAUCCCGUCCUUCUAUCCUGACCUCAUAUCCCGUCCUCGUAUCCCAACCUCGUAUCCUGUCCUCAUAUCCCGACCUCAUACCCCAACCUCAUAUCCCAGCCUCAUAUUCCUUCCUCAUAUCCUGUCCUCAUACCCCGACCUCAUAUCCCGACCUCAUAUCCCUGCCUCAUAUCCCGUCCUCAUAUCCCUGCCUCAUAUCCCGUCCUUCUAUCCUGUCCUCAUAUCCCAUCCUCAUAUCCUGUCCUCGUAUCUCAACCCCAUAUCCCGUCCUCAUAUCCCGUCUUCAUAUCUCAUCCACAUAUCCCGACCUCAAAUCCCGUCCUUAUAUCCCGUCCUCAUAUUCUGUCCUCAUAUCCCAACAUCAUAUCCCGACCUCAUAUCAAAUGCUCAUAUCUUGUCCUCAUAUCCCGUCUUCAUAUCUCAUCCACAUAUCCCGACCUCAAAUCCCGUCCUUAUAUCCCGUCCUUAUAUUCUGUCCUCAUAUCCCAACAUCAUAUCCUGACCUCAUAUCAAAUGCUCAUAUCUUGUCCUCAUAUCCCCGACCACCAGGCUAACUUUCCUCUGCACCUGCUUCCUGGUCAGUCGGCAGGAUGUUUAAAAGUCCCGGGCAAUCUCUGCAGCCUGAGAGUAACACAAUCAGGAGAUGUACCGGAAGUCCCACAGACUUGCAUUGAGACUUCAGACAAAACUCCCUCUCAAAUGGUGGUUAAUUUAACUCCACAUGUGACCAAGUUUCAUCGAAAAAUCUCCAGCCAUUUGGAAGUGAUGCUGGACACACGUUGUGUCAUAUACAUAUAUAUAUAUAUAUAUAUAUAUAUAUAUAUAUAUAUAUAUGUAUAUGAUGCAACGUUUGCACAAUACAACUUUAUCACCGGCUCAACCCUAAAAAAUGAUGCACUUGGCCAAACACCCCGUAAAGCGUGAGCCGCUCUGUUCUGAUACAUAGACUCAUCUACCUUAUGGACGAUUCUCUUUGUUUUAUAUUUGUCUCGAUCUCGAUGGCCGUAACGUGUGACUGCACUUGUUUGUUUUUACAUUGUAUUUAAUUUCCCACACCACACGGGUGCCUAUGGAUUCGCACAUAUAUGGGUGAAGGUGAACACAAGGGUUUAUAUGCAAAUGUCUCUCACCUGCCUGUGUAUGUCCACCUACGUGUUCUGUGUGAAUAAAUAACUACUGCAGA